AGAGUUUAAAAGCUGCUGCAGGACUGCAGACAUUCACAGGAAACUGGACCAGCAAUGGCUCUGUUGAAGGUUCUGCUGCUGCUGGGGUUGGGUGUUUCAGUGAACUCUGAUGUUUCUCUGCAGAAGAGAAUCAUUGGAGGUCAAAACUGUCAAGACACGGAGCGUCUUUAUCAUGUUCGGCUGGAGAGCAGCAAUGGUAAAGACAAAACCCGCUGUGGAGGAUCUCUGAUCCAACCUCAGUGGAUCCUGACUGCAGCUCACUGCUGGAUGGCGGAGCCAGGAUGGACUAACACAGUAGAAUUAAAAGUUCAUCCACGGACUGCUGGGAAGCAGAAACAGGUGAUCAAAUAUGCUCCUCAGAUGUUUAUGCUCUUGGGACAGCGGCAUGACAUCAUGUUGCUGAAGCUUGAGACACCAGUACGAGAUGUUCCACUUGCUCGGCUACCAGACUGCAGUUAUCGUCUUAAAGUAGGUGAUGUUGUUCAGUUGGCAGGAGAAGGAGCAACGACAACAGGCCCCAAUAAUCAGCGAUUAAUUGGUGCUCCUCUUCCAUCACAUCUUCAGUGUGUCGACAUGAGAGUUGUUGGUGUUUCCGACAUCAUGCCGACAUUUGGCCUUUUAUUCCAUGCUGAAGCACAGAACAAGGAUAUGUGCUAUGGCGACGACGGUGGAGCAGUGGUGUACAACGGCUUGGUUUACGGUGUGAUUUCUCUUGGUAAACCAUUCUAUGCAUGUCAGUGUCCAGCUGCAGUCAUGGAUGUGUGUGAAUACCUGGGGUGGAUAAAACAAACAGUUGGGCUUAAAUAAAAUAUAAACUGUCGUGAAAUAAAAUCUGGAUCAAAUUUCCUGUCACAUAUA